AUGAACUAGCAAUUAUUCAAGAUGAAUGAGUUUACUCCAAUGACUCAAAGAUAAUUAUAAAAAAUUAUAGUUGAGUUGGAGGAAAAAUCUCAUCUCCAGGAAAUCAAAUUGGAUGAAGUAAGCAUGAAAUUGGAAAAUCACAUUAUUUGUACAAACAUCUGGAAACACUAUAAGACAAAGGAGGAAAAAAAGUAAAGAGAAAGAAAAACUCUCUACUAGUAGCUUUUAGACAACAAACAACUUGAGGAAACUCUAACAAAAAAAACCAAAGAUAUCAUUGAUCAAUUUCUAGGCAAUAGUGACUUUCAGCUGAAAUUCAUAAAACAAAGAAUGAAGGUUAAAAGGAAUAAAUCCUAAACAGAUUAAAAUAAUAAUAUAGAUGAUAGUGAGUUUGCAAAACUGGGUAACAAUAAUAAAAUUAAUGGAAAGAAAAUUCAAUAAGAGAUGGCAGCAAUGAUAAAAUACAAGACCCUUGCUCAUAAAAAUGACUAUGUAGAUAUAAACAUAGAUCAAAAGCAGUUAGAAAUUAAUAAUUUAAAGAUAUCCAAUCGUGAUUUUACAAUGAUAAAAAAGAAACUUGAAGAAGGUUUUUAAACAGAGAAUUCAUUUAACUAACUACAAUAAAGAAUUAAACUACUUGAGAAGGAGCUUUAACAAUUAAAUAAUAAUAAUAAUUAGUAAUAACUAUAUUCACAACCUACAUUUAAAGAUAUGCGUUCAAAUACUUUCAAAGAGAUGGUAUUUUUAAACAACAAUUCAGGAUAAAACAGUUAAAAUUUUCAAAUACCCCCCAUGAGCAAAAAGAAGAACAGCGUAGCUUCAAGAAAGUUAUACACCUUUGAUAAUAGUAUUGAAAAUCAAAAUGAUUCACAAGAAAGAGAUAUUCCCGAGCAUCACACAGAUAAAGGUUACCGACUAAGAAAGAUCUAUGGAAAGUCAAAUGGAAAUGUGACGUCCUUUAGAAAUAGAAUGAUGAAUAAAACAAAUUAGUAAUAUUUAGAUGAUAUGGGCAUGGAGAGAAUAGAUGAAAAUAUCGGGAAAAUGUAAUAAAAUCGGAUGAUUACUAGAAUUCCUCCACCUACAAUGCAGAGUUUGCAAUUAAAACAAAAUUUGAAUGAUAACUUCAAUGACGAAGUAGUAGUGGGUAGAAGUAUUGACUUGAACAAUAGUUAAAGUCCGACCCGAGAUCACGAUAUUACUGUUAUGAGUGCAAAUGAUUACCAGAGAUAUAGGCAUAACUAAACCUCAACUAAUAACAGGGAUUAACAAAUGAACUAUAUAGGCUCCUAAUUAUAAAAUGGGUUCUCACCCACUGUAAUGUAAAAUCCAUCCCCAUAAAUUUAGGUUUCAAUCAAUAGGAUGCAUAACAACUCAAUUCAAAUUGGUUCGAUAAACAACAAGACUUAGAAUUUCCAGACAAUUGUAACUCAGGUAGUACCCCAAGGAAAGCCCCAGACAAAUACAAGUUUCCGAUUCUACAGGAAUUCUAAUAAAGCUUAAGGAAAUUCUAGAGGGAGAUACUAGCAUUAAGUAACUAACUUGUCUAGCCUAAAUUAAACUGCAAAUAAUACCAGCAGGCUGAUGUCUAGCAGCAAUGGAUUUUAGAAGAAGAUCAACAAUUUUCAGGAGCGAUAUAACAGUAAUCAGUAGUAUAAUUAACAUGAAAAGGGAGGAUUAUACGAGAGCUGA